AGAUGUGGUAUAGUCUUCUGUAUUGCUCAUAAACUCACAUCUCCUUUGCCUAUCACUCCAACAGCACAUCACCAUUGACAAUGAAGAUCCCCGCUCAUACGAAAAUUGUGAUCCACCGCGGCGCAGACCGGCCAGGUCGAUACAUAUGGUCGCCGUUUGUUACAAAAGUCGAGUUUCGCCAUCGUCUGGCAGAACUACCAUACAGCUGCGGUGCCGGUGGCCCUAGAAACGGACCAAAGGGCAAGAUACCAUGGGUUGAGGUGUCUAUUCCUGGACAAGAACCAGACACGUUGGCGGACUCUUCGCUCAUCACAAAAGACUUGGUAGCGAAGGGCCUCGCGGAUGAUUUGAACGCACAUCUGACUGUGCAAGAGAAGGCUCAGGAUCUUGCAAUUCGCGCAAUGCUCGAGGAUAAGCUCUUUUUCUACAACGCCCGUGAACGCUGGGUGGAUAACUUUUACACCAUGCGCGACUAUAGCAUGGCCCAGCUGCCGUUCCCGCAACGAUACAUCUUCGGUUACAUGGCGUAUCGCGCCAUUCUGCGAACGCUCCAUGGCCAGGGCACUGGUCGCCUCUCAGCCGAAGAGGUCCACUCCUUCCGCAAAGAAAUCUGGGAAAGCGUCACCGCAAUUCUAGAGGAAAGUCGCAGGCGCGCAGCACCGAGCGAGUGCUUCUGGGUCUUGGGUGGUAAGAAGCCAACUGAAGCUGAUACAACGGUAUUUGGCUUCAUCAUCAGCUCUUUGGUUGCUACUGCUGGUCCCGUGAACAAGCAGUUGGUGAAGGACGAAUGCCCUGCAGCCGUCGAAUACGCCAGGAGGAUACAUGAGCGGUACUUUCCCGACUAUGAGAUGUGGGACUAGUGCACUUUCCGUCAGUGUGGUUCCUGCCACUUAUGCAGAGCAAAUGAGGGUAUCGCAUCGCUGAAGGAAGUCGACCGCCAGCAUCUCUUCCCUUCUUAUGUACCCACAGCAACACUAGCGUUUCUCAAUGCAUACUUAAGCAAC